AUGUUGCGCCACCAGGGUCUCCUCAAGUGCCGCUGCCGCAUGUUGUUCAAUGACCUGAAGGUCUUCCUCCUGAGGAGACCCCCCGCGCCCCCUCCGCCCUCGCCGCCGCCUCUCCCUCCCAUGAACAGUGGAGACCAAGCCUUGAGCUUGCAGGCUUCUAACAACAACACGCUGACCACGCUCUAUGGAGGGCGAAGGGGACCUUGGAGAGCGCCGACUGCCGGGGGUGGUGGUGGAGGAGGAGGAGGAGGAGGGGGAGGGGGGCCAACGAGCCCUCCAGAAGAGGAGUGGGGAAGUCCUGGAGGAGAGGGAGAGCAGCCCAUGUCUAUGAUGAGCAGCGCCUCCUCCGAGGACUUCUGCAAAGGGAAGGCGGAAGAUCGGUAUUCCCUGGGGAGCAGUUUGGACAGUGGCAUGAGGACACCGCUCUGCAGGAUCUGCUUUCAGGGCCCAGAGCAGGUGAGUGUGUGUGUUUAUGCACAUAUAUGUUUACAUUCACCUGAGAGAGACUUCCCACAAAGCCAGACUUUCCUACACCUCCAAAAUAGCACUUGCCCCUCCUCCCCACCCUCACCCAUCUCCACACUGAUUCUCUACCCAGGCUGGAAAGGCUCCCCCCCUCUCUCUCCACACAUUCACACAGCUACCUGGGGUGUUCCAUUUAUCCGUAUCUGUAGUGAAGUUUCGAGAGAGAGAAAAGGAGAGUGGAGCAGUCAGGGGGCACAAUGCCCCAACUUGGUAACUUUUGAUGAAAGAGGACUGGAAAAGUAUUGCAACACAGUAGGCCCAGGACCAAAAGCACACAGGUGCAUACACCAAUCACAAACAUGAGUAGACAACCCCCCUCCAAAAAAAAGUAUCGCAACAAGGGUCCAGGACCAUCCCCCUCCUUUUCUGCAUAAGCAGUAGUAAACAUAAAGUACAGUUUAAAGAAGAAGAAGAAGAAAUCCAGAAAUAUUAAGCUCCACAUAUGUAGUUGUUCUGCUGGUGGAGUUUAAUUACAUUCCUGGUAGUUUGUGCCAGGUCAGGCAUUACUCUUCCAUGCAACGGAGAAGUGAAAGAAAUGAUGAGUGAAAGAAAUACAGCUUAAUGCACUUGUGGAGGGUCUGUGAGCCGCCUUUUGUGGUCAGCCCUGAAGAUGCUAGCCAUUCUUUGUUUUAAGUUCCGGUAGAUGGAUUGUCUUUCUCUGUCAAUAGCAUUCCACAUGCAAAGUUACAUGGACAUAGGCAAGUAUUGCUCAGAGUUACACUGUUAUUGCCUUCCUAUUGCUGAUUUGGUGUUAUGUUUUGUUGCUUGACUUUCCAAACAGUAAAGGCAUCGCUUUUGUUUGACUGAUGGUUUGCAACUUGGUGGAGAAAAGUGGACUAUACAGCUUCCCCCAGAUAGCAUUUCAUUUCAAGUGUUUUGGAAAUCUUUCAGACUUUCUAA